AUGGCCAGGAGCCGACCCCUGGGCCUGCAGAGGCCUCAGGCGAAGCGCAGGCACAAGGCGGCGCCCCGACAGGCAGCAGCCACAUCGCUGAUGACGCCGGCGGUGCCAGCAGCAGCAGUGGCAGGCCGCCUGUCAGCAGAACAGAACCAGCAGCAGGAGUACAGGCGGCACCUGCAGGAGUCGAUUCGGCGGCAAGCGCCUGCACAGGUCUUGCCGCACAGGCAAGUGAUCCAGGCCGCCGAAUCGGCCAGGCACGCCAGGGAGCUGGACGCCCUGCAGACAGCUGUGACCGGCAUUAGCUCAAACGCCAGCCAGGUCCAAGAGCAGCAGGCGCAGGAGGCUCUGCGCUCGAGCCUGGAGGCAUCUGUACACAUGCGGCAGGCCGCUGAGCAGCUGGCGGCACGGCAUGACAUUCACAUCGCUGAACUUGAACGAUUUGGCGAAAAGGUGCCAAGCAGUUCCCCGGUGCGGUCUGUGGUGCUGUCCCUACUGGACCGCGGGAAGACCCUAAAGGAGGACUUGGAUGCAAUGCAGCUGGAGACGCACCUUGCCACGCUUCAAGAGUGCGCCGACGCGGCACGGUUGAUGCGCAACCAGCACGCGCUUCUGGGCAACCUGCACCACAAGCUGGGGCAGAUGCAGCUGCUGGAAGGCGUGUCGGUCAUGGCGGAGUACCUGCGGCGCUCUGGGAUGCUGCGAACCAUCCAGCAUCCGCCCCUGGAGCACUCUGAGACGGCAUCUGUGCCCAGCUCCUCAAGCAGUUCUUCGGUGCAUGCCUCGCUGAGUCUUGCCAGAGUGUCUGAGGAUGACGGCUCUGGAGGAUGCACGCCUGUGGAGGCAGGCCUGCGGCAGGAAGGGUGGCCCCUGCACCUGCAGCAGCAGGCACAUCUGGACUUCAGAGGGGGUCUGGACGAGUUGCUGGAUGCCCAAGAGCGUCUGAGCGAGGCCGAGGAGGAGUUGAAGUGCACCAUGGCGCAGGCAAUCAAGCAAUCGCAACAGGGCAGCAGCGGCGACGUGAAAGCUCUGCUCCCCAACAUCAACAGUUUGGCCAUGGAGCUGACCACCGUGACAGCCGAAGUGGCCGUGCUGCAAGGUCGGCUCGCCAGCAAGCCCAUGGCCGAGGUGCUGGCAAACCCGCUGCCGGAUCCUGUGUUGGCCUGGUUUGCCGAGCAGCAGGGUAGCAUUGCCUCCGACCAGGCGUUCCACCUGGCUGCAAUGGACCACCAGAGCGCCAUGGCGGUUUACAUCGCCAAAUUGGAGGCAUCGGAGGCCGAGGUGCAGGCUGCACUGGUGGACAUCGGUUUCAUCCAGCAGGCGACCAGCGCGCUGCGGGAGCGCCUGACCAACAUGGGCCACUCGCCGCUGCAUCUGCACGGCAAGUUUUUGCUGCUGUUGUUGUGCAUGUGCUCGCGGCAUCGUGGAGACGCCAUUCCCUGGAAUUUGGCAGCGGGCCCCGCCAUCACCGUUCUCAAGAAGAGCUGCGACAAGCUAGCCGCAGAUUGCUUCGAGGCGCUUGAGAAGCUGCCUCAAGCCGUGGAGCUGGCAGCGCAACGUCGGACGGCCCAAGAUCUGCUCGCUGGGCUCAGGCAGUCGUGGGCUAAGUUGCAGCAGCAGACAACAGAAGCAGCCACCGCCUUUCCAAAGCAGGCUCCUGCCACAGUGAGCAGCGCAGCGCUCUUUGUGGCUGACAAGGAGCGGCAGCAGCAGGAAGCACAGACACGUGCCCAGCUCCAGGCGGCGCAGGCGGUGCAGCAGGCGCCGCCGCCGCAGCAGCAAGAGCAGCAGCUGAGCAGCCAGCUGAGCAGCCAGCUGGAGGGCCUCAGCCUCCCGCCAGCAACUGCCGCAGUAGAGAAGCUGCGGCGGGCAGCUGACCUGCUUGGGGAGCAGCGGUCAGCAGCACAGCUGCCAGAGCCAGUGCGGUGUGCGCUGGCGGGAGCGGCGGGGGCCGCCAAACAGUUGGGCUUGUUUGGCUUGGCAGAGGCUGAAGUGGUGACCCAGCAGGAUGACUGGGCGCUAAACCUGCAGGGGGAAGAAGCAUCGCCGCUGGCAUACAGUGGCUUCCAAGUGGCGGCUAUGCUAGAGCACCACGCCUCCCGCCUGCUCGACUGCGCUACCCUGCUGCUGCCAGACCCCGGCGCUGACCUACCCCCACAGACGGAGGCUGACCGCGGGGUCGGGGACAUUCUGGCUGCAUCGUGCCGCCACGCAGAACGCCUUUCAGAGAUCAGUCGCUGCAUGGUGGUGGUGCUGGAGGUAAUGCGUAUGCCAGCAGACUUGGUUGCGGAGCUGCAGUCCCUGCAGCAGAAGAAGAUCGCCAAUACUGUGACUGCCGAGGAAGCGCUGCGGGCGUCAAUUCUGCACGACCAGCUUUGGGGCCGCUUCCAGCUGGGUGGCGCUGCGGCAGCGCAGCUGCGAGUGCUGCAACUGGAGUCCGCAGCCGCUAGCUGCCAGCAGCUGGCGGUCAACCUGCAUCUCCCGCGGCCAUCUGUGGAGGUGCGGCAGGCCGCUGAGGAGGCGCUGCAGCAAUUGAGGAGUGAUGCACGCAGCUGUCUGGCAGUAGCUGCUCCCAGCGCCAGCCAGCCCGGCGCCCAGGACCAAACAGAGUUCCUCAUGCUGCUGCUUGGAAUGGCGGAGAGCUUGGAGCGGAGCAAAACAGUGCUGCAGCAGGAAGCCUCAGCCUGCACCAGGGAUGCAGCAGCUGUGCAGGCCAAGAUUGCGGCGCUUGACCUGCAUUUGGCGCAGGUGCAGGCAUCGGUGGAUCGGGUAGAAACCCUGCGGCGGUCGGCACCGGGUGCGCAGCAGGGAGUAGCAGCAGACGCAGUUGGGCGCCAGCAGCAGAUGGAGGAGGAGUUGCGACAGCUGAAGGAAGAGCUGCAGCGGGCGCAGGGGCAGGUGGCACAUGCGCAGCAAGCUGAAUCUGCAACGGCAGACGCACAGCAGGCGGCAGCUGAUGUGGCGCGCCUGCUGGAGCAGACGCGCGAGGAAGCAGCUGCAGACAAGGCGCAGCACGAGUGCGCGCUGCGGCAGCUGGAGCACCGGGCCAGCCAGCUGCGUGUGCUGCAGCAAGAGGUGGAGCGGCUCAAGGCAGCGCUGAGCGCCGAGCAGCAGGCCACUGCAGCAGCGCUGCGCGCCAAGCAGGAUGCGUCUGCAGCAGCGCUGCGCGCCACGCAGCAGGCAUCUGCCACCCAGGUUCAGCUGGAUGACGCAUACAGCGUCAUCGGUAGUCUGGAAACCAAAGCCUCCGACCAUGAUAUGCUUUUUAAAUACAUGGCCAACAUGGACGAGGUGAUGAACCGCAUGCGGCGGCAGGAGGGCACCGUGCGUGACCUGCUCAGCGAGAUGGAGGAGCCGCUGCUGCGGGCGCUGGAGGAGGGGACCCUGGUGGGAGCCCCGCGGUCGGCAGUUUUGGACGCACUGCGCUGUGUGCAGCGCCUUCGCUUUCCGUCAGACCAGGCCCCAGAUGCGACCGAGGGUAUGCUGCAAGAGGUGCUGGAGCUGUUUGGCAAGCUGCGCACCUUGCUCGCUGCAGCCGAGACGCAACCUGCCCCCAGGCUCGAGGCACUGCUCGAAGAUUUCUUCCUGAGCUGGGCUGCUCGGUUUGAGUCCAUGCUGCGCUCUGUGCACAGCAUCCUGCAGGCCACCAUGUCCGACAGUGUCCUGGCCCCGGGCCUGUCGCGCUUCAUGCUGGAGGAGGUCCAGGAGCUGCAGCAUGAAGGCGCUGCAGCUGAAGCAACACCUGCGACACAGCAGAGGCAGCGCUCUCCCACUGCUUUUGAGCUGCUGGGGGAGGCAGGCAGCUGCAGCAGCGACGGCGGCCACACAGGCGGCGGCAGCAGCAGCAGCAGCAGCAGCAGGAGUAGCAGCCACGAGGGCUCGCCCCUCGCCAGCCCCGACGCAGCCUUCAGAACAGCAGCGGAGGCUUUAGUGGGAGAUGUUUUAAGCAGCAGCAGUAACCAGCUGGUCAGCAACCUGGUUGGGAACCUGGCUGCCGCCGAGGCGGCUGCAAAAGGCUCAGAGCCGUUGCAGGUGGCGCACACACCAGCCGCGACGACCAGAGUGGCUGAGGCAGUGCUGCCCCUGGCCCUCUUCCAAACCCCGGCGUCGGAGGCUGGAUCCCGCUCAAGCCGGGAUGUGUUCUCGUCUGUUUCUGGCCAACAGCAGGCGGAGAGCGCCCCGUCAGAUGAGCUUCAGCGGCCGCUCUUCCCCACGCCCACGAGCCUGGCAGGGGAGACACAGGUGACACAGCAGCCGGCGGCGGAUGCAGAGGCGGAGGGGGCCAGCGCUGGUGCCCAGCCGCCGCAGCACCAGCGCGCCGCGGCCGAGGUAACCGCCGAUGUUCAUGCCCUGGAGGACCAGGUGAUGGAGCUGGAGGCCCAGCUGGCAGCGCUGCAGGCGGAGGUGCAGCAGCGAGAAGAGCAGCUGGCAGCCAGGCAGGCGGAGAUGUUCCAGCAGGGCCAGCAGCUGGCGGUGGCGCAGGAGGAGGUGGAGCGGCGAGGAGAGCAGCUGGCAGCGGCGCAGGAGGAGGUGGUGGGACUGACGGCCCAGCUGGCAGCCGAGCGGGCAAGGGGGGAGCAGCAGGGCGAAGCCCUGGUUGCGGCGCAGGCGGAGGCAGCCCAGCUGCGAGGCACCAUUGCCUGCAUUUGUGACGCCGCAGCCAUCCCAGUGGCCACGCUCGUGCUCCUGCUGCUGCUGCUGCUGCUGCCGCUGGCAGCGCUCCUGGCGGCGGCGGCCACCCUGGCGUUUGUGCCGCACGCUCGUGAGCGCGUGCUGCGUCUGCUGGGCCACGUCAGCAGGCUUCUGCCGUGGCAGGCGCCCGAGCUUCCAGCGCCCAUGAUGCAGUCGCUUCCGCGGGCUUUCCGCGAGGUGCUGGCCGCGCUGGCCCUGCUGGUGGCGCUGUGCGUGCCGCCCUGCGGCUGGGCCGCUGCUGCCGCCUGCAGCAAGGCGCCGGUGCUGAUGCUGGCCGCGGCGCUGGUGGCAGCCCUCCGCCUGCUGACCUGGCUGUGGCGCCGGUACCGCGGCGCGGGGGCCGCCGCCUUCCUGGCCGCGGCGCUGGUGGCAGCCCUCCGCCUGCUGACCUGGCUGUGGCGCCGGUACCGCGGCGCGGGGGCCGCCGCCUUCCUGGUGCUGUGCCUGCUGGCCUCCCUGCUGGCAGCCCCGCAGCUUCUGGGAGCAGGGCGGCAGCACGUGGCCGCCUGCCGCGGGCAGGAGGUGCCAAGCAGGGGCGCGCAGCUGCUGGAGCAGCCUUCGGUGCUGCCCACCGCGGCGCCUCAGCCGGCGGCUGGCCAGCUGCAGCUGCGGCAGCCGCCCACGUGCAGAGCGUCCCACCGUCCUGCUGUGACGGGGCGCGGUCAAGGCGGCGGUGUGUCGGCUGGGGAGCCUGCACGCCUGGCGCGCCCCGACGCCGGAGGCGGCAUUGUCGGCGGGCACACCAUCGUCCCUGCCCAGCCAGAGCAAGCCGGUCUGGCACAAUUCUCCCCACAUGUGUGCCCCCUGCCGCCGCUGCCGCCCUUCGUCGGCGACACCUGCCCGCCGGAUGCUGCCUGCGACGACGCCAGCCUUGGCCUGGACGCCCUCCCGGCACCUGCGACCAUGCCCAGCAGCAGCCCCGCCAGGGAGUCGGACACGGAGCACAUGCGUGUCUGUGCCAACGACUGA